AUAGUAUAAAUUCCAAUAAAAAUAUAUACAUUAAUUAUAAUAAGAGCAUUCUCUCUCAUCAAUUUGCCUCUCUCUCUCUCUAAUCAAUAAUAUAUAUAAAGUCUCCAGCAGAGUCUAUAUUACUGAUUACUGGGAAAGCGAUUAUGUUUUGUUUAAUGCAGUGAUGCCGAGAAUUCCCCGACAGCGGAGAUGCCAAAUUGUAACAGCAAACAGCAGAACAGCAUGCUUGGCGUAUGUGCUAAUCUGCUCCACGACAUACAUAAAAGCGCGAGCUUCUGCUGUUUGCGUCUGCAAUUUGACAUUUCUAUCGGGCGAGAUAUUAUAUUUAUACAGUGGAAGCAAAAAGUAGUGAAUAGUGAAUAUCGAUACAACAUAAAGCAAAAAAUGGCAGAUAGAAAAACCAAGAGACAAUCUGGAGCGUUUUACAAAAAGAAGCGAGCAAAAAAAGCAAACGAACAGCAGCAAUUAAAAGGAGCUCUAGAAAAAUUUCUUGAAUCUGAUCAAGAAAAUUCUUCAUCAGUUUUAUUAUUUGAAAAUCCCGAAAAUGUUCCAAUAACAGCUGAUGUUGAUUUUCCUGUUCCUCAAACUGAAAACACAGUACCAGAUACGGAUGUCGAUGGAAAAAUGGAUACUGACGUAGAAGCAUCUUCAGAAAAGGAUGAAAUUCAAGAUCAAGUAAAAUACGAAGUUCUUGGAAAUGAAGAUGAUUCCAUAUCUAUGUUAGAUUUAAAUGACCCAGGUACUUGGCCUAAUAUCAUACCAAACAAAUGUAUCGAAACAUUAGUAGAAAUAGGGCCUGUUCAUAUAGAUAAUAAUUAUAAAUUUCCUGUAGAUGAAAAAACUGGUAGAAAGUUUAAUAUUUUAUAUUUUAACAAAAUUAUGGAAAACGGAGAAAAAGUUAAAAGAAAUUGGCUUGUUUAUUCUAUAAAAUUAAACCGUGUUUUCUGUUUUCCUUGUAAGUUAUUUAGCAGAGAAAACAUAAAAAUAAUUAAUGAUGGAUAUUCUGAUUGGCGGCAUUGUUCUGAAUAUUUCAAUAAACAUGAAACUAGUAUUCAACAUAUUCAAUGUGUAAAGAAGUGGUGUGAAUUAAAAUUACGACUAGAUAAAAAAUGCACAAUUGACAAGGUAGAAAAAAAUUUAUUUGACAUUGAAAAGGAGCGCUGGAGAGCUAUAAUUAAAAGAAUGAUUGCAAUUGUACAAUUUUUAGCUGGUCAAUGUCUGGCUUUUAGAGGAACAAAUUCGCAAGUAUACGAACGAAAUAAUGGUAAUUUUUUAAAGGCUGUUGAGAUGAUUGCUAAAUUCGAUUCUGUUAUGUUAGAUCACUUAAAUAAUGUUAAAAAGUCAAAAGAACUUAAAACUCAUAUGCCACAUUACUUAGGAAAUCAUUUCCAAAACGAAAUAAUACACUUAUUAGCUGGAGGUAUUAAAAAAGAAAUAAUGCGGAUUGUGCAAUCUUCUAAAUAUUUUUCUAUUAUACUUGACUGUACACCAGAUGUUAGCCAUACCGAACAAAUUACAUUUAUUGUAAGGUGUGUAAAUAUAAAUAUGUCAAAUAAAGAAGUUGACAUACACGAGUUUUUUUUGGAUUUUUAUCCUGUCACAGAUACUACUGGUGAAGGAUUGUAUAACUUCCUAUUAGAAAAAUUAUCAAAUUAUGAGUUAGAUGUUCAAAAUAUUAGAGGACAAGGUUACGACAACGGAUCCAAUAUGAGAGGUAAAAAUAUUGGCCUUCAAAAGCGCAUCUUAGACAUCAAUCCAAGAGCACUCUUUGUUCCUUGUAAUGCUCAUACUUUGAAUUUGGUCGUAAGUGAUGCAGCAAAUAGUAGCGGGGAAAUAUUUGAUUUUUUUGAAAUUAUUCAGGAAGUAUAUAACUUUUUUUCUGCUUCCACAUAUCGAUGGGAUCUUUUAAAGAAACACAUUACAAAUUUAACACUUAAAAGUCUUAGUGAGACAAGAUGGGAAAGCAGAAUUAAAGCUAUAAGACCAUUACGCCUUAAUCUAAAGAACAUCAUUGACAGUUUAACUGAAUUAACGAAUGAUCCAACUCGAGACGUAAAAACAAAAAAUAUGGCUCAUUCAUUGGCACAAAAGAUAUCUUCUUUCAAAUUUAUAUGUUCUAUAAUUAUUUGGCACGAUUUGCUUUCAAAAAUAGAUAUUGUUAGUAAAAUGCUUCAAAACCCAAAAAUAAGCUUAGCCGAAUGUGUUCAUGCUUUACAAAAUCUCAAAAAUUACAUUAUUAAAAAAAGAAACGAUGAAUAUUUUAAUACGUUCAUUAGUAAUGCCGUUACAGAAGCUGAAAAAAUUAACGUACAACCAGAAUUUCCUAUAAUUCGCCAUAUAAAAAAGCCACGUCAAUUUUUCAACGAAAGCAAAGCUGAUUCGGUUGUAGAUCCUAAACAACGCUUUAAAAUACAUUUUUAUUUUCUCAUUUUAGAUCACAUAAGCAAUUCUCUUGAUCAAAGGUUUGAAUUAAUAAAUGAAUGUGAAUCUCUGUUUAGCUUUUUAUAUGAUUUCAAAAAAAUGGAUAAUGACGCCUUAAUGAAAUCAUGUAUGGAUUUGGAUGUAAAAUUCCAAUCAAAUGAAAAUAAUGUGUUAAAAAGGGAUUUUGAUGGUAUUCAGUUAUAUCAUGAAAUAAUGUCGUACCGGGAAAUUUUUCCUGACGCAUCGUUAUCGAACAAUCCCUUUCAAGUUUUACAAAGAAUCGUAGAUGCUGAUUUGUUAUCUUGUUUCCCAAAUCUUACUAUUGCAUUGAGAAUUUUUUUAACACUGCCAGUUUCCGUUGCGUCUGGCGAAAGAAGUUUCUCGAAACUUAAAAUAAUUAAAAAUUAUCUCCGAUCUACGAUGUCCCAGGAAAAACUAAGCAGUCUUGCACUUAUUUCUAUAGAACAUGAAAUAUCAGAAAGUAUAGACUUGUCAAAAAUAAUAGACGAAUUUGCGUCUCUAAAAGCCAGAAGAGUUAAUUUAAAAACGUUACAGUAA